AUGGAGGAGCCCCAUCAGUGUCUCUCUCAGGUCAGACAGAGAGUCUGUGGCCUCUGCUGUAAAUAUUGGGGAACCUUUGGACCACUCCCUCUGUUCCUGAGGCUCUCUGCUGCCUACAGACCAGCCAUGGCCACGUCUCCGCUCAGAGACUUCCUUGUUACCUAUUUAAUGCCAGAAAAGUGCUAUGAGGAGAUUUUCGUCCACUUCAACUGGCACGUGCCCUGCUUGAAGUUUGUACUGAACAAAACUGUCGGAAUUUGGAUCAUAUUGGACACAUUCCUGGCACAACUGCCUCAGCUGCUGAAGAUACUAUGGAGUGGAAGUGCAGAAGGCCUGAGUCUGAUCUCCGUCCUGCUGCAGCUUUAUGCUUUCUCAUGUCCUGUCGUGUACGCCAUCGCCAACAGCUUCCCACUCUUUGCCUGGGCGGAGAGGCUCUUCACGUUGGCCCAGACAGCAGCAAUUAUCUUCCUCAUCCUGCAUUAUCGUGGUGACACUCUCACAGGAGUGCUGCUCCUCUCUGGUUUCAGUGGUCUUAUGUUCCUCCUGGGCUCAUAUGCAGCUGCAGCAGUCGUCUCAGUGAUUCAGUCGUCCAGUCCGGCAGCUUUAAUUGCAAGCAAGGUUUUCCAGACCAUAACCAACCACCAGAACGGCCACACGGGUCAGCUGUCCACCCUGUCAGUGCUGCUAUCAUGGGCAGGGUCUCUGGGUGCUGCCUUUAUUUCUCUGCAGGAAACUGGAGGCUUUCUUGCUACUCUGUCACACAUACUGUCGGUCGGCCUCAGCUGCGUCCUGCUGCUCCAGGUCUUCUGCUACAGCAGCAGCACCGCCGCCAAUGCAAAGAAGACGGAGUAGAGGUGGACGGCGGCGACAAAGAAACACUCAAAUCCAUAUCCUUUCUGGCAUGAGACUGCUUUAUGAUUCUGUGCAGGAUGCUGGGGUUUUCAAGUGCAGCAGUAAAGUAGCUAUAAAUGUUUACAGGGUGUUUUUAGACCAGUAAGCCUGAUUCUAAUUUAAAACAACUCAUGUGCUGUAUGUCUGUGAAAAUAAGAGCCAUCUUUGUCAUGCUUUUAUAAUAACUUUAUAUUGUAUUUGUGCAAUUACUUCCCAAUUGUUGCAAAGGUAAUGGAAUGAAAAGUCUUUUGAUGCCCCCUAGUGAUGUAAAUGGGAAUUACUUUAAUGUCAGGGGAAACACCAGCUUUCUGGGGAAUACUAGCAAAAUUCUGAUAUCAGCAUAUUCACCCAUAUUGUUUAUAUGCAUGUCACAGUUAUACUGAAAAGGGAAAUGUUGUGAGGGUCAUUGUUCAUCAAUUUUCGAGCAGUAUACUUUACAAAGUAGUUAGCAACUUACCAUGAAGAUCAAGUUUGACUCUGGACCACCGUCUGCUCAGCUGCGAUACAUUCUCUGCUACAUGUGCUGCAGAGAGUGUCAGGAGUGCUGUAAAGAAUGGAGUCGGAGCCACUCUGCUGGACAAACUAAAUUAGCCCAAGCAUCUUUUUUUGUAUAAUGUUCUGUAAAAAAAAGUCAGUAUGUAUCAGAUAACAUGCAGGCUGAUACCAAUAUAUCAGUGACAUAUCAGCAUAUAUACUACUUAAAGUCUCCUAGCUGCUCUGUUACUGUUUGUUAGAUUGCUUUAAAUGUAAGUACGCUUAAUUUUCAAAAGUGAAACACAACAGACUGUCCAUCUACAGUGUCUAUGAAAAGUAUUCAUCCCCCUUAGAAGUUUUCCUCUUUUAUUGCUUUUCAACAUUAUGUUUAACAUCAUUUGACUUUUUUUUUGGACAAGAAUUCACCAAAAAAAAGAUUUCUUCAAUGUAAUCUCAAUUAAUUAAAAAUAUGAAAUUUAAAAUAAGUGAUUGCAUAAGUAUUCACCCCCUUAAAGUCAGUAUUUAGUGGAUUCACCUUUGCUACGAUUACAGCAUUGAGCUUGUGAGGAUAGACCUCCAUUAGCCUUCGCAUCUGGAUACCUCAAUUUGCCCCCAUUCUUCUUUGCAAAACUGCUCAAGCUCUGUCAGGUCACACAAGAAGCAUGAGUGAACAGCCCUUUUCAAGUCCAGCUGCAAAAUCUCAAAUGUAUUGAACUGUAGUUGAGAUUUAAUAUGAGCUUUUUCAACUGUGGCUGUCUCUUUGCCACAGUCCCAUGAAGCUUUCAGUGCUGAAGAAUAGGCAACAGUUAUAUGUACAGUAUCCCUCCACCUCAACCGCUGAAGCUUGUAACUCCUUCAGAGGAGUCAUAGGUGUCUUGGUGGCCUUCCUCACUCGUCUCCUUCUUGCACAGUCACUUAGGUUUUGGGGAUGGAUUGCUCUAGGCAUGGGCUAUAUACUUUCCAUUUCUACCACCAGGAGUACUAACUCACAAGUAACUGGCCCUUCCAGAUACUGAUGUCUUUUUGCUACAGUAAUUCGAGACACAUUCACUGCACUCAGAUUAUCUCUGGUUCACUAACUGUGUGACUUCUAGCAUCGAUGGCUGCACCUGCAUUGAAUUAAAUGAGUCACUUUAAAAGGGUGGAUAUUUCUCACUUAUUUUACAUUUUUAAUUAUUACUCUGUUUAAAUCUGUUUUUACUUUGCAUUUUAAAAAUGACCGUGACUGAAUAUUGAAAAGUUAUAAAAAUGGAAAACUUUCCAAGGGGAUGAGCAUUUUUCACAAGCGCUCUAAGACAGACACAUCUCCAAACAUCUUCACAGGAAUUCACUCGUCUUUAAAGGCUUUAAACGAACUCUAAAAGACUUCGGUGGAUUGAUGCAGCAGGCACAAGCAAACAUAUAACCUUUCAACAGAUCUGGUGAUAUCAGUUAGUUUCUCCUCUAUAGCUAAUGACUGUACUGCUGUGUUGGAUUUACUGUUCACACUGCUGACUGGAAAAAUGAUCAACUCUGUUCUGGUAUUUUGCAGUCGGAUAACUGGAACCUUUGUGAUAGGUCUUUCUUUUUAGUACCACAUAUUAUGAUUCAUUAUUUUUAAUAUUUUUAACAUUAAGGCCUGUGUACACAGUAGGAAAUCAUGUGUCCUUACUAUCAACUUGGUCACUUAGAUUAGCUUUCUAAAAAUUUAUUUUAAUUAUUUUCAUUGUGCAUGCUUGCACCUUUUAUACUGCACCCUGGUUCAUAUACAGACACACUGACAUCAGGGAGCUGCACUAGUUUAUAGAAUCAGACAUGCAGCAGCUUACUGGAGGAAAAGUGCUUUAGGUCAUUUCUUUAGGGGAGUAGUUACAGUGUGGAUUAGAUUUUUCCUUACAGUUUGGAAACAUUGGAAGUAUAGAAUGGCGCAGAAUAGCGUAGCCUGUUGAUGUUUUUAGAUUUAUUCCAGAGCACCACUAGCUUAAACUAUUUUAAGCCAACAUGAACAACAUGUCCAGUGUUGCUCCGAAUCCCUCCACAUAUUGUAGGAGCUCUGCUAAAUCCACAUAACAAGGUUACUCGUUUCCCUGCAACAGAACACUGAUUGUUGUCCUAUAAUAAACUAUUUCCCUCUGUGGUUCCUGUAAUGUAUAUUUUGCAUUGACAUUUUAUGAAUUUUGGUACUUUAAAACAUGUUAUUUGAAUUUUAUAAUACUGUGAAUUAUUGCAUCUUCACACGAAGCAAUAGACGGAAUUGUACGUGACAGAAAGCACACAGGAUUAACAAAAGUGUCACCUUCAGUCACCAUUUACGUCAGGACUGUAGAAGCUGUGUGUUAUCUUUGUGUAAAUAACAUCUUCUACCUCCUACACUUUCCUCUGGGAGUCAUGUAACACCUCAGUUUCACUCAGCUGACUUUGUGAAUGAUAAUAUUAGUUUUUCCUAGAGCAGCAGAGUGCCAUAACGGUCAUUUCAGCACUGUGACAUUCCUGAGAUUAGGUCAAGAUGACAUUAGAAAUGUUGUAAACAAAGUAAAUCUUAAAGUGAAACGUCUCAGAGAAGCUAACUGAGCUCAGCAAAAUGUUUCUUCAACUUUGAGAAGACAUUCCUAGAUUGUGAUUUAAAGAAUUUUGUAUUUAUUGUGCAAUAAUGGGGUUGAAAUUCCCAUCAGGCUCAGGCACACUUUGUGUUUGCAUGCCAAACUAAGAACUUGUUGAACUUGAUAAACAUUAUACCGACUCCAUAUCAGCCUGUUAACAUUAUCAGUCUUUUUUAAACAUGUAUAAUUACCACUCAUAUAUGUGAACAAUCUGUAUCUUUUCAGUUAUGAUGCAUUCAUGUUACGCCACUCAAUAAAUCCAGUAGAAAUGUGAAA